GUGGAAUGCGUUGCGCAGGGGUUUCUCCCUCCAGGGUCUAAUACUCUAAAAAAUUCUAAGAAUUUGCCUCGUUUAUUUUUGUUUACCAAUCGAGAUCAAUUAUGGCGGCGAGAGAUUCCACGCGCUUCCAAUGCGAAAAUUUGAGGCAUUUCAAGGAGACGUUGAAGAAUCUUAGAUCGUUGGAUGAUAAAAUAAUAUAUAAACUAAAUGUUAGUGUACCAACGCAGUCAUUUAAAAAUGAAAUAGAUGCUGAAACAAAAUGUGGAACACUUUAUAAAGAACUAUUAGGUCUUUAUAAACUGCGAGAGGAAGGAAUAAAGAAGUGCAUAGAGUCAAAAUCAAGACUUAUUAAAGAUAUUCAAAAUAAACUAAGUGAUAACAGCCAGGAUGAAACGUUGGUUAGGACUUUACGGUUGGAACAAAAUUCGCUGCGGUUGAUACAAUCUGAACUGAUGGUAGAAGAGGUAGUAAAGUCACGCAGUUUCAAGGUUUUCGAUGAACGUUGUUGGAAGUCUUUCACUCCGCCGUCAACUGAUUAAUAGUAACAUAAACAAGUUUUGUACAACAUUUUUUUUAAAUUUUAGGCUUGUUAUAGCUACAUAGAAUAUAAUUUUGUACGGUACCAAAUUAACACUGCGAAAACGCAUUCAUUAAAA